AUGGCUGAUUUGGUUCAAAGACUAUCCAAGAAAAGGAGCGUGGAAAAGGAAAAGGGUCAAAAACACAUUGAUCAACUUAGCAACCUACCAGACUCCAUUAUUUGCCACAUCCUUUCCUUUCUCCCCACCAAAUUGUCAGUUGCCACCAGUACCUUGUCAAAGCGAUGGAAGCAUUUAUGGACUGCUGUUCCCGUCCUCUCCUUCAGUUCAGCUGAAUUCAUUGGUACAUUGGGCAGCUUUGUGGAUUCUAUAGUAGAAAGGAAUGUUCAAGAGCUGAAACUCAGCCUCAAUUUUUCACAUGUACCAACGGUUAGACUGCCUGGUCGUUUAUUUGCUUGCAGAACACUCGUAUCUCUCAAGCUGAUUGAUAAUAUUUUCAUCGAUCUCCCUGAAAAUGUUUGUUUACAAAAUCUAAGGACUCUGCAACUGGAGCGAUUACACUACGCAAAUGAAGGGUCUUUCAACAUCCUACUUUCUGGUUGUCCAGUUCUUGAGGACUUGAGACUGAAUCUGAAGAAUUAUGAAGCUAAUGAUCACGGUUUACUGAUCAGCGCUCCGCUCUUGGAAAGGAUAGAGCUGUCGCAGAAGAAUUUUAAUGUUUUGAAUUUUCAGAUAGAUUCUUCCAGCUUGGUGGAAGCAAUCAUAGAUAUCCAUAAUGCCUUAUUUAGUAUGGCGUUUCAUGAGUUCCAUAAUCUGGUAUGCCUGGAAACUACAACAAGCUGUGCAAAUUGGGAUGAUCUGGAAGAGUUGCUUCACGGCUCAAACAAUCUCAAGACUUUGGUAUAUCACAUUGAAGUACCAAUACUCCACAGGGGUCACAACUGUGAUAAGUCAUUUUCGAAGACUGUUCCGGUGUGUGUGUCUGCGAGUUUGAAGGCCCUUAAACUGACGGGAUUCAUCAAUCAAAACUGUUACUGGACAUUCAUUCAAUAUAUGCUGAAGAACGCCAAAUUCUUGGAGGAAGUGAAGAUCAGGACUUCCUCGAUGUUGAAGAAACGACGCAGGCAUAUUAGAAACAUGUUGAACUGCCCUAGGGCCUCAACAGAAUGCCAGAUUCGUUUUUUUCUUGGACUCGACAGACGAAGAAUAUCGGUUCUGAUUGAAGUUCUCUGCAUUCUGGUUUUGUAA